CACUGGUGUCAACUUAAGGCUAACUAGGAAGUGGUUGUUUUAGUUCACUUGCGAUCAGCUGAUGAUGGCAUCAUCCAUAAACAUCUUGAAAGCCGACUCUGUUCUUCGUCUCAGUACUUUUUUAAAACGUUGGAAACCGGCAUGGCUAGUUCUUUAUGGGAAUGGUGAGCUGCGGUACUUUGAAAGUAAGGAUGAUUAUGUAGCGAAAGCGACUAUUAAUGUUCCACGAAUAUGCAGAGAAAUUCUAUCUGGUCACCGAAAUAUCGAUCCACCUAAAGAUCGUUCUAGCGAGUGCAUUUUCGGCCUUAGGACAGAUGAAUCUAAUUGGUAUUUCUGCGCCCAGUCACCUGAUGACGCAGUAGUAUGGCGUCUUGCUUUAUCUGAAGUAAAAGGGAUGUCCAUCCCUCGCUAUCGAGUUCGUAUGCCACCUCCAGAAGCUCCACCACCAGGAUAUACAGAUGGCACAAACUACUAUCAAUACGCAUGUCCUGCUGAAACCACAGUUCCUUUAUACCAAGCUUCUGGAGGAAUGCGGGAAGUACCUAUUAUAUACCGUGGUUCAGAUGGUGAAUAUAUAAUGCCACGACAGAUUAUUGAACAUCCUGAUGGAUCGCGUACAAUUAUCCUUGGUGAUGGAAAUGAAAUUCCAUGUCAUUGUCGACAUGGUUAUUAUUGUGGAUGUGGUUAUGGUUUUGGUGAUGCAGCUUUAUUAGGUUUAGCAGCUGGUACACUUAUGUGGUCUCCAUUCUUAUGGUUCCCAUUUUUCUGGUGUUGAUGAGGUCGAUGAUGAGGAUAAGGUUGAUUUACACAAACACUGUCAUAAUUCUGUCACAAUACUCACAUUUGUUUUUCGCUUUUUGUUCAUUUUGUUGAGAUUUUUUUUUUUUGUUAUAAGGUGGUAGUUGGACUAAUAAAUAUUUUUCAUUUCAUGCUAUCAUGGUAUCAUUUUUCAUCAUUUUUCUUGUGUUAUCUCUGUAUCUCUCUCAAGUGAUAUUCAGGUGUUUUUUUUUUGUUUGUUAAAUGGUAAUUUCUACGUGUUUUGUUUUCUCAUUCACUGUGAUGAUAUCCACCUAUUUCUUUAUCUUAUUAACAUAAGAAUAUUUUUGGAAUACUUUGUUUUAUUCAUAUUGUGAAUUGUGCUUUUCUGAUAAAACAGUAAUAAUAAUAAUAAUAAUAAUAAU